AUGGAAGAUCGACGGCCAUUGAACAACACAUCGUUUCGAUGGAGCCAAAUCAUCCAGAAGAAACUAUGCAACUAUGCUACUGGCAAGUUCUUGAAGGUAUAUAGUGGACAUGUGAACAGAGCAUACUGCAUCCAGUCUGCGUUUUCCGUCACGAACGGGAAGUACAUUGUUAGUGGGUCGGAAGAUAAAUGCAUAUACAUAUGGGACCUCCAAGGGAAAAACAUUCUUCAGAAAAUGGAAGGCCAUACCGACGCUGUCAUCUCGGUGUCAUGUCAUCCAACAGAGAACAAAAUUGCUUCUGGCAGCCUUGAUAAUGACAAGACUGUGAGACUCUGGGUCCAAGAUGGCUGA